CCUCCUCGGGGCACUUCCUAGAGCUUUGUCGUAACCACUGGUGGGGUCGAGAGGAGACGCAGGCUAGCCGAACGUAAGAGCUCUCCUCCUAGAAGGGGCCCUGAGUGGCUUCUCCAGCCAGAGAACUCCGGUCCUCCUGUGGAGUCGAGUGGUGGCGGUGGAGGGACAGUUUGUUUUGAGCACCGAGUGAGGCACACCCGGAAGUGGCUCCGUAGAGGAGCUGCGCCGCUGCUGGGGGCGGCUGCCAGCUUCUGACUUCGACUCCUCUGCACGUUAAAAGAUGCUGGAGUCAUAUGUUACUCCAAUUUUAAUGAGCUAUGUGAAUCGCUACAUCAAGAACUUAAAGCCAUCAGAUCUGCAGCUUUCACUAUGGGGUGGAGACGUGGUUCUCAGCAAGCUCGAGUUAAAGUUGGAUGUGCUGGAACAGGAAUUGAAAUUACCAUUCACUUUUUUAAGUGGACAUAUUCACGAGUUGAGGAUCCAUGUACCUUGGACAAAACUGGGUUCAGAACCAGUGGUAAUUACCAUCAACACAAUGGAAUGUAUUUUGAAACUUAAAGAUGGAAUACAGGAUGACCAUGAAAGCUGUGGUUCUAAUUCUACCAACCGUAGUGCUACUGAGAACACAAAAUCAUCAGUAAAACCCCGAAGAAUUCAGCAGGCUGCUCCCACAGAUCCUGAUUUACCCCCAGGUUAUGUACAGAGUCUGAUUAGACGAGUUGUAAAUAAUGUAAAUAUUGUUAUAAAUAAUCUCAUAUUAAAAUACGUUGAAGAUGAUAUUGUUCUUUCAGUCAACAUCACUUCUGCAGAAUGCUAUACAGUAGGUGAAUUAUGGGAUCGUGCAUUUAUGGAUAUUUCUGCAACUGAUCUGGUGCUGAGAAAGGUUAUCAAUUUUUGCGACUGUACAGUUUGUCUUGAUAAGCGAAAUGCUAGUGGUAAAAUAGAAUUUUACCAGGACCCGUUAUUAUACAAAUGUUCCUUCAGAACUCGUCUGCAUUUUACGUAUGAUAACCUAAAUUCCAAGAUGCCAUCUGUUAUUAAAGUUCAUACCUUAGUAGAGAGUUUGAAACUUUCUAUCACAGAUCAACAACUGCCUAUGUUUAUCCGUGUAAUGCAACUUGGGAUUGCUCUUUACUAUGGAGAAAUAGGCAAUUUUAAAGAUGGGGAAACAGAAGAUCCUACCUGUCACAAUAAAGAUAUGUUAGGAAACGUUACAGGUGCUGAAGAUGAAACAAGAGUAGAUAUGCAGUAUCCUUCUCAGUACAAAGGCCAAGAGUUGUAUUCAGAGCAAGAGGAUGAGCAGCCACAGGGAUGGGUGUCCUGGGCCUGGUCAUUUGUGCCUGCAAUUGUGAGUUAUGAUGAUGGUGAGGAAGACCACCUUGGGAAUGAUCCUGCAUCAACCACCCAUCAGCAAAAAGCACAGACUUUGAAGGAUCCUGUUGUUUCUAUAGGAUUUUAUUGUACAAAGGCAACUGUGACUUUCAAACUCACUGAAAUGCAAGCCGAGAGUAGUUAUUACAGCCCUCAGAAAGUAAAAUCUAAAGAAGUAUUGUGUUGGGAACAAGAAGGAACUACAGUUGAGGCCCUUAUGAUGGGAGAGCCUUUCUUUGAUUGCCAGAUUGGUUUUGUAGGUUGCAGAGCCAUGUGCCUUAAAGGAAUCAUGGGUGUUAAAGAUUUUGAAGAGAAUAUGAGUAGAAGUGAAACUGAAGCCUGUUUCUUCAUUUGUGGUGAAAAUUUGAGUAUGAAAGGUUUGACAUACCUUACAAAUUCAUUGUUUGAUUACCGAAGCCCAGAAAAUAAUGGUACUCGUGCAGAAUUUAUCUUGGAUGCAGCUCAUCAUAAGGAGACAUACACUGAGAUAGCUGGUAUGCAAAGGUUUGGGGCUUUUUACAUGGAUUACCUGUAUACAAUGGAGAAUACUGGUGGCAAAGGUUCUGCAAAUCAACAAGACUUUUCUUCAGGGAAAAGUGAAGAUUUGGGAGUAGUACAGGAGAAGUCUACCAAAAGCCUUGUUAUAGGUCCUCUUGAUUUUCGCUUGGAUAGCAGUGCAGUACAUAGAAUUUUGAAAAUGAUUGUUUGUGCCUUGGAACACGAGUAUGAACCAUAUAGCAGGCUAAAACCAGAUAUUAGAGAUGAAAAUGAAACAAUACUGAAUCCUGAAGAAGUGGCAUCUUUGGAGGAAUAUAUUCCUACUCGACAUACAAGUGUUACUCUCCUUAAAUGUACCUGCACAAUUUUCAUGGCUGAAUUCAACUUGCUGGAUCAUUUGCUACCUGUCAUUAUGGGAGAAAAGAAUUCAAGUAACUUCAUGAAUACUACAAACUUCCAGUCUCUUCGGCCCUUGCCAUCUAUUCAGAUAUUGGUGGAUAAAAUUAAUCUGGAACAUUCUGUGCCGAUGUACGCUGAAGAGUUGGUGCAUGUGGUCAGCAGCCUUACUCAGCCUUCUGAUAAUCUGCUUCAUCAUUGCUAUGCACACUGCUACCUUAAGAUAUUUGGUUUCCAGGCAAGACUGACGUCUUUGGAUUGUAGGGGAUCUUACUGCUUACCUGUAACGAUUAUUCCCUCUUUCAGCACUGCUCUUUAUGGUAAACUUCUGAAACUACCUACAUGCUGGACCAAAAGAUCUCAGAUUGCUAUAACUGAAGGUAUAUUUGAACUUCCAAAUCUCACAGUUCAAGCCACCAGAGCACAGACACUUCUGCUGCAAGCAAUAUAUCAAAGUUGGUGUCAUAUUGGAAAUGUCAGCUCUGCAGCAGUGAAUGAAGCUUUGAUGAAUGAGGUUUUCCCAACUGUAGGUGUGAAAUCUAAGAAUCCCCUGCCAAGUCUUGAGGGCUCAAUCCAGAAUGUUGAAUUGAAGUACUGCAGCACAUCAUUGGUCAAAUGUGCCUCUGGGACCAUGGGAUCAAUAAAAUUUUGUGCCAAAGCCCCAGGUGAUAGUGGAAAAGAGAAGUUGAUUCCAUUGCUUCAGGGUCCUUCUGACACUAAAGACCUUCAUAGCAGCAAGUGGCUCAAUGAGAGUAGAAAGCCAGAAUCUCUCUUAGCUCCAGAUUUGUUAGCCUUCACAGUCCAAGUUCCGCAGUAUAUGGACUACUGCCACAAUUCCGGUGCCGUACUUCUUUGUAGUGUACAAGGACUAGCAGUUAACAUUGACCCAGUCUUAUACACCUGGCUCAUUUAUCAGCCUCAGAAACAAACCAGUAGACAUGUGCAGCAGCAGCCUGUGAUAGCUGUUCCUCUUGUUAUGCCAAUUAGCAGAAGGAAAGAGGACGAGAUGUCUCUUGGAAGUGCGCCCUUGGCAAAGCAACAAUCAUAUCAGGCCUCUGAAUAUGCCAGCAGCCCUAUAAAAACAAAAACAGUAACAGAAUCCAAACCAUUGUCUGUUCCUGUGAAAGCCAUGCUGAAUAUAUCAGAAGGAUGUAGAAGUCCUGAAGAAAAAAUGAAAGAAUUUAUUGGAGUAAUAUGGAAUGCGGUAAAGAGUCUCACACUGCAGCUUGAAGUACAAUCUUGUUGUGUGUUCAUUCCAAAUGAUAGCCUGCCUUCCCCAAGUACGAUUGUAUCUGGUGACAUUCCUGGAACAGUAAGAAGUUGGUACCAUGGACAAAGCAACAUGCCGGGAACGCUUGUCCUCUGUUUGCCUCAAAUAAAGAUUAUUAGUGCUGGCCACAAGUAUAUGGAACCUCUGCAGGAGAUUCCAUUUGUCAUCCCACGACCCAUCCUUGAAGAAGGUGAUGCUUUUCCUUGGACUAUCAGCUUGCAUCAUUUCAGCAUAUAUAGCCUUUUUGGAAAACAAGUGACACUUUGCCUAGUGGAACCUAUGGGUUGCACCUCUACUCUAGCUGUUACAUCUCAAAAACUACUUGCUACAGGACCUGAUACAAGACAUUCAUUUGUCGUUUGUCUCCAUGUUGACCUAGAGUCGCUUGAGAUAAAAUGCUCGACCCUCCAGGUGCAGCUCUUAUAUGAGCUAACUGAUAUCAUGAAUAAGGUCUGGAAUAAGAUUCAGAAGAGAGGCAAUCUCAGUCCUUCUUCAGCCUAUCCAGAGACCAUGGCAGGGCCUAUUCCCAGUUCUCCAGUCAGAAGCAGUGUAGGCACAGCUCCUCCAGAUACCAGCACAUGCAGCCCAUCUGCUGACGUUGGAACUACUACUGAGGGAGAUUCUGUACAAGCAGGUGAUGAUUCACCAUUCUCAGAUUCUGUUACCUUGGAACAAACUACAAGUAACAUUGGUGGAUCCAGUGGACGUGUUAGUCUGUGGAUGCAGUGGGUACUCCCCAAAAUUACUAUAAAGCUCUUUGCUCCAGAUCCUGAAAAUAAAUGCACAGAGCUUUGUAUGGUCAGUGAACUGGAAGAUCUCAGUGCAUCCAUAGAUGUCCAGGAUGUAUAUACCAAAGUGAAGUGUAAAAUAGAAAGUUUUAAUAUUGAUCACUAUAGAAGCAGCCUUGGGGAAGAGUGUUGGUCUCUGGGGCAAUGUGGAGGUGUCUUCCUUUCGUGUACUGACAAGCUGAACAGACGCACCUUGUUGGUUCGACCCAUCAGCAAGCAGGACCCUUUCAGUAAUUGCUCUGGCUUCUUUCCUUCUACAACUGCAAAACUUCUAGAUGGCUCUCAUCAGCAGCAUGGAUUUCUCUCUUUGACAUACACAAAAGCUGUAACAAAAAAUGUCCGCCACAAGUUAAUAUCAAGAAAUGAGCGCAGAAGUUUUCAUAAGUUAUCUGAAGGUUUCACGGAUGGUUCCCCUCAUUUUCUUCAUGAAAUUCUUCUUUCAGCACAAGCUUUUGACGUUGUCCUUUGUUUUCCUUUACUUAAUGCCAUUGCAAGUAUAUUUCAAGCAAAACUACCAAGGACCCAAAAAGAGAAAAGAAAAUCUCCUGGUCAGCCCAUGAGGACCCAUACACUAACUUCACGCAAUUUACCCUUGAUUUAUAUCAACACAAGUGUAAUCAGAAUUUUUGUUCCAAAAACAGAAGAAAUGCAGCCAAGUAUUGAAGUUAAUCAGGCAGCAAAAGAAGACACCCUGGUUUUGAAGAUUGGCUCUGUUGCGAUGGCUCCCCAGGCUGACAAUCCCCUUGGCAGAUCUGUCCUCAGGAAAGAUAUUUACCAUGCAACUCUAUUAAGAGAGACCUACAGCAAACCCAGGACAAGUUUCACCCUUGAGACAUUUGAAACCAAAAGUGAAUCGAGUUUAACUAAAGUUGCAAAUCUGUCCCAAGCUAGCUCAAUUUCUGAGUGUAUUGAAAUGAUCCACCCUUUGCCCAUUUUGCCUGACAGGAAAAGGAGAGCCUUGAACUUAGGAAUUCUUCGAGACCCUGGAUCAGAAAUUGAAGACAGACAAUACCAAAUAGACCUGCAGUCCAUCAAUAUUGGUACUGCGCAAUGGGAUCAACUAAAACCAGAGAAGGAAAGUGGCACAGGAGGAGUGCUAACAGAGAGUGAAAGAAAUUCUCAAAAUCCAGCCCUUGAGUGGAAUAUGGCCAGCAGCAUACGGCGGCAUCAAGAAAGAAGAGCAAUUUUAACUCCCAUUUUAACAGAUUUUUCUGUCCGAAUAACUGGAGCACCUGCCAUCAUUUUCAGCAAAAUAAUUUCUCCAGAAAAUAUGCAUACUGAGGAGAUUUUAGUGUGUGGCCAUUCCUUGGAAGUGAAUAUAACCACAAACCUGGACUUCUUCCUAAGUGUGGCUCAAGUUCAACUCUUACAUCAGUUAAUAGUAGCAAACAUGACUGGACUGCAACCAUCAAGCAAGGCCACAGAGAUCUCUAAGCAAGAACAGAAAAAAAUGGAUACAUUUGAUGGAAGCAUGGCUGAAACCUCAUCUCGGUACAGUGGUGCUCAGGAUAGUGGAAUUGGCAGUGACAGUGUUAAAAUCAGAAUAGUGCAAAUAGAGCAGCACAGUGGUACCAGUCAGCAUCGCAUUGCCCGUCCCUCACGCCAGUCAUCCAUUGUAAAAAAUCUAAAUUUUAUUCCUUUUGACAUAUUUAUUACUGCAAGUAGAAUCUCGCUAAUGACCUAUUCCUGUACAGCCUUACCCAAAUUGAAAUCGCAAGAACAGAAGGACAACGAAAAAACUGCCAAGAGUUCAUUAAAUCUCCCAGAAGUUGAUUCAGAUGUUGCUAAGCCCAGCCAAGCAUGUAUUUCCACGGUAACAGCAGAAGAUCUCUUAAGCAGCAGCAUAUCUUUUCCUUCAGGGAAAAAAAUAGGGGUCAUCUCUCUUGAAAGUCUUCAUGCAUCCACAAGGUCAUCUGCUAGACAAGCACUGGGUAUUACUAUCGUUCGGCAGCCUGGACGAAGAGGAACUGGUGACUCACAGCUAGAACCUUUUUUGUACUUUAUUGUGUCCCAACCUUCUUUGCUUUUGAGUUGUCACCACAGAAAGCAGCGAGUAGAAAUAUCCAUUUUUGAUGCUGUGCUUAAAGGAGUUGCCUCUGAUUACAAAUGCACAGAUCCUGGGAAGACUCUGCCUGAAGCCCUUGAUUACUGCACAGUUUGGCUGCAGACAGUACCUGGAGAAAUAGACAGCAAAAGUGGUAUUCCACCUUCCCUUGUGAUGCUACAAAUUAAAGAUUUUCUUAAUGGACCAGCAGACAUCAACUUGGAUAUAUCAAAGCCUUUGAAAGCACACCUGAGUUUUACCAAGCUGGAUCAGAUAAACCAUUUUUUAAAGAAGAUAAAAAGUGUGCACAGCAAAGAGACUUCAGUCCUGUCAGAUACCAUGCUGAAUAAAGAUGAGCUGCCAGCCUCCAAAUGCUAUCGUGGAAAGUUGUCUAAACUUAAAGUUCAUGGUGAUGGAGCACAGAACAUUCCAUUUAAAGAAAACGUGUGGAGAACUGUUUCCUGCUUUCAAAAAAUUUCUGUCCAUACUACUCAGAUUGUGGUCUCCAUGGAAACUGUCCCCCAUCCUAAUAAACCAUGCCUGUUAGCAUCCUUAUCAACCCUCAAUGGAAGCCUUAAUGUCAAAGCAGCACAAAAAGUACCUGGCAUAAUUCUUGGGUCAUCAUUUCUACUCAGUGUAAAUGAUUUUCUCCUUAAAACAAGUCUCAAAGAAAGAAGUCGAAUUCUGCUAGGACCAUGUUGUGCUACUGCCAAUCUGGAAGCUAAAUGGUGUAAACACAGUGGCAGUCCAGGCCCAGAACAGUCCAUACCAAAAAUAUCCAUUGAUUUAAGAGGAGGUCUGCUACAGGUUUUCUGGGGUCAAGAACAUUUGAAUUGUUUAGUUCUUCUACAUGAAUUACUCAUUGGAUACCUCAAUGAGGAGGGAAACUUUGAAGAGCAAGUUUCUGAAGCAGUGCCACAAAUGCCAUCUCCUAUGGCAAAGAAUCUAAUGUUUAAAAGUGAACAAAGCUCAGAUGACCUGCGGACAGGUCUAUUUCAGUAUAUACAAGAUGCUGAACCUUUGAAAAUGCCUGGUGUCUAUGAAGUCUUGUUUUACAAUGAAACUGAAGAUAGCCCAGGGAUGAUGUUAUGGAGAUAUCCAGAACCUAGAGUGCUCACCCUUGUAAGAAUAACUCCUGUGCCCUUCAACACCACAGAAGAUCCAGAUAUUAGCACAGCAGACCUUGGUGAUAUGCUACAGAUUCCUUGUAGUUUGGAAUACUGGGAUGAACUCCAGAAGAUUUUUGUUGCAUUCCGAGAAUUUAGUCUGUCUGAAAGUAAAGUUUGUGAACUGCAAUUGCCAAAUAUCAGUCUUGUGAAUGACCAGAAGAAACUGGUAUCCUCGGAUCUUUGGAGAAUUGUCUUGAACAGCAGUCAAAAUGGAGCUGAUGACCAAAGUUCUGCAAGUGAAUCUGGUUCUCAAAGCGCUUGUGACCAACUUGUAACUCCAACAGCCUUGGCUGCCUGUACCAGAGUCGACUCCUGUUUUACCCCGUGGUUUGUCCCAUCUCUUUGCAUUUCCUUUCAGUUUGCUCACCUGGAGUUCCGUCUUUGUCAUCACCUUGAUCAACUAGGCACAGCUCCACCACAAUACCUACAGCCAUUUAUUUCUGAUAAAAAUAUGCCAUCUGAACUAGAAUACAUGAUUAUUUCCUUCAGAGAACCACACAUCUAUCUUCGACAGUGGAAUAAUAGUUCUGUCUGUCAGGACAUCCAGUUCUCAGCUCAAGCAGACUGUAAACUUCUAGAAUGCAGAAAUGUUACGAUGCAAAGCGUGGUGAAACCCUUCAGCAUCUUUGGACAGAUUGCGGUUUCCAGUGAUGCAGUAGAAAAGUUGCUUGACUGCACCAUCAUAGUUGAGUCUAUAUUUGUAAACUUUGGGCAACAUGUAGUUCAUUCUCUAAACACUGCAAUACAAGCUUGGCAACAGAACAAAUGCCCUGAGGUAGAGGAGUUGGUCUUCAGCCAUUUUGUGAUCUGUAAUGACACACAGGAGACAAUGCGGUUUGGCCAGGUGGAUACUGAUGAAAAUAUUCUGUUGGCGAGUCUCCACAGUCACCAGUACAGCUGGCGCUCUCACAAAUCCCCACAGCUGUUACACAUCUGUAUUGAAGGUUGGGGCAAUUGGCGUUGGUCAGAGCCCUUCAGUGUGGACCAUGCCGGGACUUUUAUUAGAACUAUUCAAUACAAGGGUCGAACUGCUUCACUCAUCAUCAAGGUUCAGCAACUCAGUGGAGUGCAGAAACAGAUUAUCAUCUGUGGAAGACAGAUCAUCUGUAGUUACUUGUCUCAAAGCAUAGAACUAAAAGUCGUUCAGCAUUACAUUGGUCAAGAUGGACAAGCUGUGGUUCGAGAACAUUUUGACUGCCUCACAGCCAAACAGAAAUUGCCUUCAUACAUACUAGAAAACAGUGAACUGACAGAGUUGUGCGUGAAGGCCAAAGGAGAUGAAGAUUGGUCAAGAGACGUGUGCCUGGAAUCCAAGACCCCUGAGUAUAGCAUUGUCAUUCAGGUGCCGUCUUCAAACAGUUCCAUUAUUUAUGUCUGGUGCACAGUUUUGACUUUAGAACCCAAUUCUCAAGUGCAGCAACGAAUGAUUGUGUUCAGCCCUCUUUUUAUCAUGAGGAGUCAUCUUCCAGACCCCAUUAUCAUACAUUUGGAGAAAAGGAGUCUGGGAUUGAGUGAAACACAAAUUAUUCCAGGAAAAGGGCAGGAAAAACCACUGCAAAACAUAGAACCUGACCUUGUACAUCACCUGACAUUUCAAGCAAGAGAAGAAGAAGAUCCUUCACAUUGUGCUGUUCCCAUCUCAACAUCCCUCAUUAAGCAAAUAGCCACUAAGAUACACCCUGGAGGCACAGUUAAUCAGAUCCUGGAUGAAUUCUAUGGGCCAGAAAAGUCCCUUCAACCCAUAUGGCCCUAUAAUAAAAAGGAUUCUGACAGGAAUGAACAGCUGAGUCAGUGGGAUAGCCCAAUGCGAGUGAAGCUGUCAGUCUGGAAGCCAUAUGUUAGAACCCUGUUGAUAGAACUUCUACCCUGGGCCCUGCUUAUCAACCAAUCCAAGUGGGACCUCUGGCUAUUUGAAGGAGAGAAGAUUAUUCUACAGGUUCCUGCUGGCAAAAUUAUCAUCCCUCCUAAUUUUCAGGAAGCUUUUCAAAUUGGAAUAUACUGGGCAAAUACAAACACUGUGCACAAGUCAGUAGCAAUUAAACUGGUCCAUAACCUGACAUCUCCAAAGUGGAAAGAUGGAGGUAAUGGUGAAGUUGUGUCAUUGGACGAAGAAGGGUUCGUUGAUGCCGAAAUAAGACUUGGUGCUUUCCCAGGACGUCAGAAGUUAUGUCAGUUCUGCAUUUCCUCCAUGGUACAGCAAGGUAUACAAAUUAUUCAGAUUGAAGACAAGACUACAAUAAUCAAUAAUACACCAUAUCAAAUAUUUUAUAAACCACAGUUAUCUCUCUCCAAACCCCAUUCUGGAAAGGAGUAUUUUCACGUUCCAGACAGUGGUACUUUCAGCAUUUGCCCAGGUGGUGAGCAGCCUGCUGUGAAAUCCAGCUCUCUUCCUUGCUGGGACUUAAUGCCUGACAUCAGUCAGUCAGCAUUGGAUGCAUCCCUGCUUCAGAAACAGAUCCUGCUGGCCUUUUCUCCUGCUGCAGGUGCCGACAGCUCACAGUGCUGGAGCCUGCCAGCUAUAGUCAGACAAGAGUUUCCCAGACAGAGCGUGGCAGUGCCCUUCGGGAAUUGUAGGGAAAAUGGAUUCUGUACCAGGGCUAUUGCACUGACAUAUCAAGAACAUUUUGGAGUGACUUAUUUAACCCUCUCAGAAGACCCUAGUCCUCGAAUAAUUUUCCACAACAGAUGUCCAGUAACAAUACUUAUAAAGGAAAAUAUUAAAGAUAUUCCGAAGUUUGAGGUUUAUUGCAGAAAAAUUCCUUCUGAGUGCUCAAUUCAUCAUGAGCUGUAUCAUCAGAUUUCCAGUUAUCCAGACUGUAAGACCAGAGACUUACUUCCUAGCCUCCUUUUGAGAGUAGAAUUGCUGGAUGAAAUAACAACUGAGUGGAGUGAUGCCGUAGACAUCAAUAGUCAGGGAACACAGGUUGUGUUCCUCACUGGCUUUGGCUAUGUAUAUGUGGACAUUGGCCAUCAGUGUGGCACAGUCUUCAUCACUGUGGCCCCAGAAGGAAAAGCAGGACCUAUUUUAACCAAUACCAACAGAACUUUGGAGAAGACUGUGACAUUUAAAAUGUUCGUCACUCAGUUGAGCCUGGCGGUGUUUGAUGACCUCACCCACCACAAAGCAGCAUCUGAACUUCUGAGACUCACGCUGGACAAUGUUUUCCUCCAAAUGGCCCCAGUGGCUGGUCCCCUCCUCGGGGAAGAGACGGCUGCAGCCCUCUUUCAGCUUUACGGUGUGGAGGUCUACUGUGGGGACCUGCAGUUAGACAACCAGCUGUAUAACAAGUCCAAUUUCCACUUUGCUGUCUUGGUCUGCCAGGGAGAAAAAACAGAACCUACUCAGUGUUCCAAAAUGCAAAGUCUCCUUGUAUCCAGCAAAGAUUUGGAAGAAUAUAAGGAAAAUUGUUUUAUCAGACUUUGCCUCACCUUAACGGAGAGCAAGAGCUUAUUUGAUAUUAAUGAGUUCAGUUUUGAAUUGAAACCUGCCCGGUUAUAUGUGGAAGAUACAUUUGUAUACUACAUCAAAACUUUGUUUGAGACGUACCUUCCUAACAGCAACCUGGUCAGUCACCCCACGAUGGUCUCAGGUGGUAAACAGGUGUUGCCCGUGCAGGUCAGACAGCACGCCAGGGCCUUGGUGAAUCCUGUGAAGUUACGGAAGCUGGUGAUAGAGCCGGUGAAUCUCCUCGUCAGCAUCCACGCCUCUCUCAAGCUGUACAUAGCCUCCGACCACACUCCGCUCUCCUUCUCAGUGUUUGAAAGAGGCCCCAUCUUCACCACGGCCAGGCAGCUCGUCCAUGCCCUGGCGAUGCACUAUGCUGCUGGGGCGCUCUUCAGAGCAGGCUGGGUGGUUGGAUCUCUGGAAAUCCUCGGCAGCCCGGCAAGUUUGGUGCGAAGCAUCGGGAAUGGGAUCGCCGACUUCUUCAGGCUUCCGUAUGAGGGGUUGACCCGAGGCCCAGGAGCCUUUGUGAGUGGAGUUUCCAGAGGGACAACAUCAUUUGUAAAGCACAUUUCCAAAGGUACCCUCACCUCCAUCACCAACUUGGCCACAAGCCUGGCCCGGAACAUGGACCGGCUCUCUCUGGAUGAGGAGCACUACAACCGGCAGGAGGAGUGGCGGCGGCAGCUCCCCGAGAGCCUGGGCGAGGGCCUCCGACAGGGCCUGUCCCGGCUGGGCAUCAGCCUGCUCGGUGCAAUUGCUGGUAUAGUCGAUCAGCCAAUGCAAAACUUUCAGAAAACGUCUGAGGCUCAUGCUUCAGCAGGACACAAGGCCAAGGGUGUUAUCUCGGGCGUUGGGAAAGGAAUCAUGGGGGUGUUCACAAAGCCCAUCGGAGGAGCUGCCGAGCUUGUGUCACAGACUGGCUACGGUAUUUUACACGGAGCUGGACUGUCUCAGCUUCCCAAACAGCGCUAUCAGCCACGUGACUUACAUGCUGACCAGGCUCCGAAUAGCCAUGUCAAAUAUGUCUGGAAAAUGCUUCAGCCUCUGGGCAAACCAGAAGUCCACAUGGCCCUGGAUGUGAUUCUGGUGAGGGGCUCAGGCCAGGAGCAUGAAGGGUGCUUGCUGCUGACAUCAGAAGUGCUCUUCGUGGUGAGUAUCAGCGAGGACACACAGCAGCAGGCCUUCCCCAUCACGGAGAUCGACUGUGCACAGGACAGCGAGCAAAACAACCUGCUCAUCAUACAGCUCAAGCAGCCGAGAGUGGCAUGUGACGUGGAGGUGGAUGGAGUCCGAGAGAGACUGUCAGAACAACAGUACAACAGACUUGUGGACUACAUCACAAAGACAUCUUGUCACCUGGCCCCCAGCUGUUCUUCCAUACAGACACCAUGCCCUGUGGUGGCCGUGGAACCUCUCCCCUCCGCUGUGAAAACAUACCAUUACAUGGUUGAUCCACAUUUUGCUCAAGUCUUCAUUAGUAAAUUUACCAUGGUGAAAAAUAAAGCCCUGAGGAAAGGGUUCCCUUGAGUCCCCUCUGAGGUGUUGAUUCCUGCUUGUGCAACUUAACUUAUUUUUGAGAGAAACCUAACUAGCUCUAACGUCUAACAUGGACAGAAGGCCUUCUGUAUAGUAAUUCUUUAGCCUCUUCUAAAAUUCAGAUUCUUCUUUCUCCCUAUAAUGAAGAAGAAAAUUUUAAAUAGAGUGAUAAAAAACUUGUGUCUUUCCUAUUUGGGGAAUAGUGAUUGAUUAAUAGAAUCCUAUAUGUUGUAGUCCUAUCACACAUAGAAAAUGCAUUCCUUUUUGCUCUAUAUUUGCUAACAUUUCAACUACAAUUAGGAUCUGUUAACUCGGCUCUAACGCAAAAUGUGGUCAAGGCCUUAGAAUGGAGAGACAGAGUAAAACUUCAUUCCCAGGUAUACCUGUUUUUAGGCUGAGACACCGUCUUUGCCUAAUAAAUACCCUUGUCUGCAAAGGUCUGGGUUCUUUAAAUGAAAUUAAAUGUUUAGGAUUUUAUUGUUUAACCAGUUAAAUUUGUUACUUAAAUGGGAUGCUAUUCUUUAAGUCAAAGCUGCUAUGUAUAUUCCUACUUUCAAGUCUGUGUUUUACUGAAAUUUACAGAACAUUCUGAUGACUGUCCAGGUACGUUUUGGAAAAAAUGUUUUUCCAGUUUAGAUUUUACUAGGCAAGCUUGGAAUAAAUCUUUUGUGUCUACUGAUGAAACAAACCCAAAGUGCUCAGGUGAGUUUCUUUAGUUUCAUAAACAAAACACUACUAGGAACUCCCUUUGACACUCCCUGUGGAAGGGGUAGAGCAGAAUUCAUACUGCCCUGCUGCACUGGAGGAGAGUCAGUCAGGAACCCCAACAUUAAUCUUAAGAGUGAAUCAGUCCAAAUAAAUAAAUACUUUAUUUUGCUGAAUUGACUUGAUCAAGCACAAAGAUCUUCACAGUGUCUGAUAAUUCUGCAUUUAAG